AUGUAAUCAGACAUUAUUUUAAACAAUGCUGUCAUUAAACUAAUUCGUGAAUUUUAAGAUAAGAGAAUUUAUCUUAAAUAUUUUGUAUAAUAUGAAAAACCACCCUAUUAAGUAAAUAUGUUUGAGAAAAUUAGAGAUAAUUAUAUGAAUUCUGGGUGAAUACAAUUGAUAAAUUAACAGAAAACAUUUUAAAAACCAGUCUAAUUAAAGUGUAGGAACUUUAAAAUCUUUUUUCAUUAUUUGAAUAUAAACCUCUUUGUAUAGAAAAUGUUUUGGCUCAAAUGGAGAAAGAAGGUAAAAUAGUAAUGGAUGGUUAUAAAACUAAAGCAGUUAAUAUAUUAUUGAAAGCAGAUAAUGAGGAAAAUGAAGAUUUAAGUAAAAAUAAUACUCAUCAUCUUUAAAUUUUAUGGAACCCUAUAAAAAAAGCAUUUGAGAAACUUUUAAUAAAAAAAUAAUCUCCUACUCCUACCAAAUGUCCUUAUUUCUUCCAUAUAAAAUAUUUUAAAGAAAACAUAAUUAAAUUUAAAUAAGCAGUUGAAGAGAUUUCAAUUAAUUCAUUUAAUACAUUUACUGUGAAAUAAUUAAUGAAAGUAAUAGAUUUGCCAAAAAGAGAAAUAGUAUUUUUGAUAAGUAUAUUUAUGGAAGCUAAAUUAAUUUAAAGUGUAGGAUAUUUUACUCUAGAUUCUAUUAAAUAAGAAGUAUAUAUUUAUAAAUAAAUGUGGCUUGUUGAUAAUAAUAAUCUUGAUUUGGCUAAAAAUUCAACAUUAUAUUAAUUGAAUUGUAUAAUUAAAUGAUAUCAUAGAUUAAGAGAUAUUAAAUUCUUAAGAAAGAGAUGAAUGUUAUUAAAAUAUAGAAUUGAAAGAAAAAUAAAUAAGAAAGAAAAUUCUAGAAAAGAAAUCACCUAAUGAAAUCAAAUUUCACAUUGCUGAAAAACUUUAAUAUGAAAAAUGGGUUGAAAAUUAUGAACAUAGAUUAUUAAUAAUGUAGUAAAGUUAAGCUCGUUUAAAAAAUGCUGAUUCUGAUCUUUAAAUAUAAGAUAUCAUUUGUAAGAAUUUAAUAAUUAUUAUUAUUAAUAGAAUAAGUAAAUCAUAUUCUAAAAAAUAAUGAAAUAGAUAAUCUAGGAUUAUAAGAUAAUAUAAAUGAAUUGAUGGAUCAUCGUCAAUAAUAAGAAGAAACCCUAUAAAUUAUGAGAAGAUAUGAAUCAAAUGAAAUUGAAACUUUAUAUAACAAAUAUUUAGAAGAAAAUUAAUAAGUAGAUAUGAAGAGUGUUUAAAUAUAAAAUAAUCAUAAUAAUUCAUUUAUUCCAUUAUAGCAAUAAGUAUAGAAUUAUGAAUCAGAAGAAAGAAUCUUAGAAUUGUAAUAAUGA